AUGCCCAGUACGGGAAAUACAGGUGGACCCCGCAAUCGAGGCAGGCAUUCCAUAUCUGAGGCGAUAUCGGUAUCAUUGGGGUUACAAAAUACAAAUACACCAAGAGAUCACCAUGAUGGGAACCAUUCGAAUCCAUACGACAGUCAAAAUGAUCAAUUUAUGUCUCCUCGCAAUAAUUAUUUAGGAAGAUCAUAUGUCAGUGGUUUUUUGUCCUGUUCACCUUAUGGUUCUAACUCACUAGAAUCUGAUAGGUUGCCCAUAGCUAGAAUGAGGACUAAAUCUAUACAUGCAGCGAAAAACCUUCAUAGACAGACUGCCAAGUUGUGUGAAGACUUUAAUGAGCCCAAUGUUGAGGAUAAUAAUAUUCAGGACUACGUGAGUGCCACAGAAGAGCCAAGGCCAAUGGAGAUCAGCGAUGCGGAGCGAAUGUAUGAUCAAGAAGAUGAGUUGAGGAACCCCGUUCAUGUUAAUACUGAAGAUCGUGGCGAUGACAUUGAAGAUGUCUACGAAAGCCUUGUGACAGGUGCGCAUGGCGGAUACCGUGCUAUUCCUACAUCUCCUGGAGGAGGACUGCGAACGUCUUCCCGUUCUGCUCUGUGGAGACAGUUUAUGUCGUCAUCUUCUAAGCUUGUUCAUUAUUUACCAGCGACAAUUCUAGGCUUAUUGCUUAAUGUUCUUGAUGGUCUCUCCUACGGUAUGAUUAUCUUUCCAAUUACUGAACCUAUAUUCUCACACUUAGGUCCCAGUGGGCUUUCGAUGUUUUACGUUUCUACCAUCAUUUCUCAAGUAAUUUAUUCAUCCGGAUUCUCGAACUUUCCUACAGGUGUAGGCAGUGAAAUGAUCGAAGUUACACCGUUUUUCCAUUCUAUGGCAUUAGCUAUCAAAGACGCUUUACCAGGUAGAGAUGAUGAGAUCUUGACUACCACUAUAUUUUGCUAUGUUAUCAGCUCACUGGUGACAGGUUUGACCUUUUACGUUCUGGGCAAAAUGAAGCUAGGUAAGAUUGUCGGUUUCUUCCCACGUCAUAUCUUGAUAGGUUGUAUUGGUGGUGUUGGUUACUUUUUGGUGGUAACAGGCCUUGAGGUGACUACUAGAGUCGCUAAACUUGAAUACACUUGGCCCUUCAUUUCCCAUAUGUUUACUGAUGUGAGCACGCUAGUGAAAUGGGUUCUACCAGUGCUACUAACGGUGUUAUUGAUUGUCACGCAGAGACAUUUCCAGAAUUCAUUAGUUCUUCCAACUUUUUACAUUGCAACCCUUGUUGCAUUCCAUUUUGUGGUGGCCAUUAUUCCCAACGUUUCCUUGGGUAAACUGAGAAACAUGGGAUGGAUCUUUCCCGUUGCUGCAUCGAAGGAUCAAUGGUACGAUCACUAUAAACUAUUUCAACCUCAUCGGGUUCAUUGGGGGUUGAUCGCAAAACAGGCUCCCACCAUGCUGGCUCUGAGUUUUUUUGGUAUUCUUCAUGUUCCUAUUAAUGUUCCGGCACUUGCCAUAUCACUACAAAUGGAUAAAUAUGAUGUCGAUAAAGAACUUAUCGCUCAUGGGUAUUCGAACCUCUUAAGUGGCGCUUUGGGGUCCAUCCAGAAUUACCUGGUCUACACCAACAGUCUCCUGUUCAUCAGAGCCGGUGCAGACUCUGCGAUGGCGGGAUACUUACUGGCAUUUUUGACCUUUAUAAUGAUGGUCAUUGGUCCCGUCAUCAUAUCUUACAUUCCGAUCUGCAUUGUUGGCUCUUUGAUCUUCUUAUUGGGGUACGAAUUAUUAUAUGAAGCUCUGAUUGAGACUAGAGGUAAAGUUACCAAUUUCGAGUACAUUACAAUCUGUAUCAUCGUGUUAACCAUGGGAAUAUUCGAUUUCGUUCUCGGGGUUAUCGUUGGUAUACUAAUUGCCUGCUUCUCUUUCUUGGUUGAUAGCACUAAGUUACAAACGAUCAACGGUGAAUAUGACGGUAAAAUUGCUAAGAGCACUGUUUACCGUGACUAUGUCCAAAGCAGAUUCCUUGAUGGUAUUGGUGAGCAGAUCUAUGUUUUGAAAUUGCAAAGUUUGCUAUUCUUCGGAACUAUCAUUUCUAUCGAGGAGAAGAUAAACAAAUUACUAGAGAUUAGUGAUGACCAGAAAAACUCUAAACGCAGAAUAAAAUGCCUGAUACUGGAUCUCAAAAAUAUCAAUGCUGAUAAUAUCGAUUAUUCAGCCGCUGAAGGUUUCAAUAGGAUCAAGAGGUUCACACAAAGCAAACAUAUUCAACUGAUUAUUUCUUCCAUAAGUGAGACGGAUCACAUUUAUACCGCUUUCAGCAAAGUUAAGCUAUUGGAUGAUGUAGAACUAUUUGGUGAUUUGAACGGUGCAUUAGAAUGGUGUGAGAAUGAGCUUCUAUUCAAAUAUAAGGAACUGCGGGCGAAGGCGAGAGAUAGACUACAAAACAAAAUGCAAAUGGCAAAUCUAGCUGCGAAUAACGAUACCAAGGCAAUCGAUGGGGUGCCAAAGAGUCACCACAUGCAAAACCUCAUGUCAUUACCAUUUAACACACCUCGGAACGAUCAGAUGCUGUCUGUUGCUCAACGAGUCUUUAAGAAUGAACAAAAGACAGUGGACAGCUUAAAAGUUAAUUAUAAGGAGCUGCCUCCAGUAUUACCUCUACUGUUAUUUGCUUUGAAGCCUUACAGACCAGGCAUUCUAUCCGAGGAUACCAACGUGAAGAACAGUGAGCUAGAAUUGUGGUCCAAACUGUGUCCAUACUUCACUAGGCGCAGGCUUGCAUCACAAUCAAUUUUGCUGCACAACAGCGAUAUCUUCUUCGUCAUGGAAACAGGUAUCUUGAAAAUUGUCUACGAUCUGCCACAAGGUAUCGUUUAUGAGUCUUUGUCGAACAGAACGUGUUACGGAAUAGUUCUCAACCCGGGGACGAGACCAUGUAGCGAGAGUAAAGUGACCAUCAAGACAGAAACUGAAGUAGUAUUAUGGGUUAUCGACUCUAGCAUCUUGGCUAGGCUCAAGCAAGAAAAUCUCAGUUUGUACACCGAACUGAUACUGCUUAUUGCUACAGUCAAAGAACAAAGGUACAGACAAAUCCUUGGAUACACACUUGUCAGUGCUUAA